AUGAAUUUUAGUGAUAAACUAAAACAACCAGAUCCUUAAACGUGGGAGUUGCUUUAAUUAUACUAUAAAUUGUUUAAUUAUUUAGAGUAAUGUCCUGACUCACCUAAAAGAAAUCAAGAAAGAACAAAUUAGGAAAAUUAAAGUAAUUUAUAAAAUACACCUUCUAUGUUAUUUCUCUCACCCUCUGAAGAUUAACUUUCUAAUCCUACACAAAAAUAGAAACAUCAAUGGAGUAAAAAAGUGGAAGGUAAAGGAACUAAAAAAGGUAAUGUUAUUAUUGAAGAUUCAAAUCAAGGAACCCGUGUCUAUGUAUGUGGUAUGUGCGGAGAAGAAUUUGAAAAAUCUUAAUAAUUAGGUAAACAUUAUUAAGAUAUGAAUAAACUUCUAAAAAUUAAAGAUUAAAAUAUUUCAAACAUUCAUAAAAUCAAACAUGAUAAAAUGUGUCUAACUGAAGAGUUUGAUAUUUAAAACUCUUGUUACAGCUAAGAUGAAGGAACUAUUCAAAGGGAUAUUUAAAACUUUUGUAACAGCUAAGAUGAAGGAAUUUAUCAAAGGGAAGACCAAUCUAUGUUCCUUAACCUUCAAGAUUAAUGA